CUAACGCUACGCUGAUAAGCGUCUGGGGACGAGGUCUGCUCCGGCACUUGUUACCAAAUUUAAUUCAGAACUGUGCUCGCAAGGUGAACAGUCUGUGAGACCAAAGUUUCAUCGCCACCGGAACCGUCUGAACAGUAAAAAAUACAGUUUAUGUCGGAAGAAACGUGACAUUUUUAGCAGUUAUUCGGUAAUUCGCACCGGCAGCUGACCUUACAUCAGCAUGAGGCGGCGAGCUAGCUUACCCGAGCUCAUCUCGUGGCGACGUUUCCAGUGAUCGACAGCAGGCAGGGGAGCGACUGCUGUGUAUAAAUGCUUGCUGUCUUUUAAAAAAAAUUAAAGUGUGUGGUGAUGGCUGGCCUGCGCCGACUCCUUACGCUGCACCGUGUUUCUGAAAUUCACUCUAAAGGAGCUGGUCGGACACAGUUUAGUAGCUUUACGUCCACACGGUGCUUUCUGAGGGAAACCAGCCGCAGUGUUAUGGAUAAUAAUCCAGGUGUUUCCUGCUUUAGAAAGCACUCAAGUUCAUCUGCGGAUGUUGCGUCGCGAGUGAGGAGGGUCUCUAUCGAGGGAAACAUUGCUGUUGGGAAGUCGACUUUUGCAAAACUCCUGCAGUCGGCUUCUUCGGAUUGGGAGGUGAUGGCAGAGCCUGUCAGCAAGUGGCAGAACAUUGUGGGCAAGACCUCAAAGGAAACCGACUCUUCACCCCAGACGACGGUCAGCAACCUGCUGCAGAUGAUGUACCAGGACCCCCAGCGCUGGUCCUACACCUUUCAAACGUACUCCUGCAUGAGCCGACUGAGAACACAGCUUCAGCCCCCUCCAGCUCGUCUCCUGAGCUCGGAGGGACCCCCUGUCCAGGUGUACGAGCGCUCGGUCUACAGUGACAGAUACAUCUUUGCUCUGAAUUUGUUUGAAUUGGGCUGCAUCAACGCCACAGAAUGGGCGGUCUACCAGGACUGGCAUUCCCUUCUGGUGGAGCAGUUUGGACACCAGGUGGAGCUGGAGGGCAUCAUCUAUCUCAGAGCCUCACCCAAGAAGUGCAUGGAGCGUCUGAAGCUACGGGGAAGGCUGGAAGAGAUGGGAGUACAGCUGGAGUACCUGGAGAAGCUCCAUAAACAGCAUGAGAAGUGGCUGGUAGAGAAGAGCACUGAGAUACACUUCGAAAAGUUGAAACAGAUCCCUGUCUUGCAGCUGGACGCCAGUCUGGAGUUUAAGAGUGACCCCGAGGCGCGGGAGCUGUUUAUUACAAAGGUGCAGAACUUCUUCAACGCUUUAUGAGAAGUUACUCAUCAACAGCCGCUGACAGAGGGACACAAAAGACACCGAAUUGACCCAAAAGAUGUAAAGACUGAGUAACAGGAAACAUUUAUUUUUUACGCCGCUAUCUUUGCAUGUCUCCCCUAUUUAAGAAGCACAGAGUUGAUCUUUAUGCUUCACUUCUAAAGAUGCCGUUACAUUUGUUUGUGGUCGUUUGUCUGUACCAGAAUGCUUGAACUGUGAAAUAUACUCCCAUCUGAAUGAAUGCAGAGGAGUCCAGUAGUUUUUAUACCAAGUAAUGUCCAUAAGCUAAAGAAAUACUGUGAACAGCGCCACAUAAGAUUUACCCUGGAUCUGUAUUAUGUGUGGAUUUCUUACACCUUGUUGACUAAAUAAAAAUGUUUUCUGUAAAUUUC